GGCAAACUGACCAGGCACAGACGCGGCGGGAGCUCCGCACCAGCCACCUCGGCCCUCGCAGCCAGCCCCGAGGCGGGGCAGCCGCAGGAGCCCUGGCUGUGGCUGGGGGGCAGUGGGCCAUGCCAGGGGCAGUGGAAGGCCCCAGGUGGAAGCAGGCGGAAGACAUUAGGGAUAUUUAUGACUUCAGAGAUGUUCUGGGCACGGGUGCCUUCUCAGAAGUGAUCCUGGCAGAGGACAAGAGGACUCAGAAACUGGUGGCCAUCAAAUGCAUUGCCAAGAAAGCCCUGGAGGGCAAAGAAGGCAGCAUGGAGAACGAGAUUGCCGUCUUACACAAGAUCAAGCACCCCAACAUUGUAGCCCUGGAUGACAUCUAUGAGAGUGGGGGCCACCUCUACCUCAUCAUGCAGCUGGUUUCAGGUGGAGAGCUGUUUGACCGAAUUGUGGAGAAAGGAUUCUACACGGAACGGGAUGCCAGCCGCCUCAUCUUCCAGGUGCUGGAUGCUGUCAAGUACCUGCACGACCUGGGCAUUGUGCACCGGGAUCUCAAGCCAGAGAACCUGCUGUACUACAGUCUGGAUGAAGACUCCAAAAUCAUGAUCUCUGACUUUGGCCUCUCCAAGAUGGAGGACCCAGGCAGUGUGCUCUCCACAGCCUGUGGGACUCCAGGAUAUGUGGCCCCUGAGGUCCUGGCCCAGAAGCCCUACAGCAAGGCUGUGGAUUGCUGGUCCAUAGGAGUCAUUGCCUAUAUACUGCUCUGUGGCUACCCACCCUUUUAUGAUGAAAAUGAUGCCAAACUCUUUGAACAGAUUUUGAAGGCAGAGUAUGAGUUUGACUCUCCUUAUUGGGACGACAUCUCUGACUCUGCCAAAGAUUUCAUACGACAUUUGAUGGAGAAAGACCCGGAGAAGAGGUUUACCUGUGAGCAGGCCUUGCAGCACCCAUGGAUUGCAGGAGAUACAGCUCUGGAUAAGAAUAUCCACCAGUCAGUGAGCGAGCAGAUCAAGAAGAACUUUGCCAAGAGCAAGUGGAAGCAAGCUUUCAAUGCCACUGCUGUGGUUCGGCACAUGAGGAAGCUGCAGCUGGGAACCAGUCAGGAGGGGCAGGGGCAGACUGGCAGCCACGGGGAGCUGCUGACACCAACAGCUGGUGGGCCAGCAGCUGGCUGCUGCUGCCGAGACUGCUGUGUGGAACCAGGCUCGGAACUGCCCCCUGCACCACCCCCAAGCUCUAGGGCCAUGGAUUGAACAUCAAGGAAGUCAGGGUUUCUUUCAUGAGAGGGGUUGGAGGCAGCCUGCUUCCUCCUCACUCCAGAUCUGGGGAGUUUCUGACCCCACACCUCUUCACCCCUCCCCUCUCACUCUUCACUGCGUUUUCCAUACAAAUGUUUCUAUUUUAUUGUUCCUUCUUGUAAUAAAGGGAAGAUAAAACAAGACA